AUGGGGUGGCUGUGCUCUGGGCUCACGUUCCCCCUGGGCUGCCUGAUCUUGGUGUGGGCAGCAGGCUCUGGCAGUGUGAAGGUUCUGAGGACGCCCACCUGCUUCUCUGACUACGUCAGCACUGCCACCUGUGAAUGGAAGAUGGACCACCCCACCAACUGCAACACCACACUCCUACUGUUUUACAAGCAGGAAUUUGACCCCUUUGAAAACCACACAUGUGUCCCCAAGAACAAGGAAGACGCUGUGUGCGUGUGCAGUAUGCUCUUGGGCAUCACGUUCUACGAUGACACCUAUACUCUGAGCCUGUGGGCUGGGCAGCAGUUGCAGUGGACAGACACCUUCCAGCCCAGCCAGCAUGUCAAACCUAGGACGCCCACAAACCUCACAGUCCACAAGAAUAACUCUGAGGUUCUGCUGCUGACGUGGAACAACCCAUAUGACCCUCACCAUUUCCUGUACUCAGGGCUCAUCUACCUGGUCAACAUCUCAAAUGAAAAUGACCCCUGGGAUUUCACAGUUCAGCAGGUGACCUACAGCAGGCCCUUCCUUCGCCUGCCAGCCAACUCUCUGAAGGCUGACGUCUCCUACAAGGCACGUGUGAGGGCCCAGUCCCCAGAAUACAACAGCUCUUGGAGCGAGUGGAGCCACAGCCGCACGUGGUACAACACAUACAAAGAGCCCCUAGAACAACGCGUCACACUGGGUGUCAGCAUCUCCUGCGUCGUCAUCCUGGCCGUCUGCCUGUCCUUCUACUUCAUCAUCAUCAAGAUUAAGAAGGAAUGGUGGGAUCAUAUUCCCAACCCAGCGCACAGUCCCCUCAUAACUAUCAUCAUCCAAGAGUCUCAGGUGCCGCUCUGGGGAAAGCAAUCCCGAAACCAGAAACUCACCCCGUGCCCACGCUGGAAAACGUGUCUCACCAAGCUGCUGCCCUGUUUGCUGGAGCAUGGCAAGGAAAAGGAAGAGGACCCCCUCAAGGCUACCAAACAGGGGCCUGUCCAGGGCUCUGGGAAGUCAGCCUGGUGUCCUGUCGAGCUCAGCAAGAUGGUGCUCUUGCCAGAGACUGUUAGCAUGGUGCGCUCUCUGGAGCUGUUUGAGGCCCCUGUGGAGGAAGAGGAAGAGGAGGAAGAUAAAGGGAGCUUCUGCCCAUCACCAGAGAGCAGUGGGGGCAGCUGCCAGGACGGCAGGGAAGGCAUUGUGGCCCGGCUGACAGAGAGCCUGUUCCUGGACCUCCUUGGGGGCCAGGAUGGGGACUGCAGCCCACCGGGCCUGGGGGAGCCACUCCCUUCUCCACUGUCAGAAAGUAGUACUCAGACACCCUGGGUGGAGGUCCCAAGCACCGGGCCCAGAGAGGUUGUUGUGCAGGGCAAGGACCCAGAGUUGGCCAGCCUGGCUCUCACCAAAACACCCACUCUCAUCACAGACAACCCCGCCUACCGCAGCCUGAGCCAAUCUCCAGGCCUUGGGAAGCUGGACAGAGGCCCAGAGCUGACUCAACACUUGGGGGAAGCAGACUCCCAGAUUCCUGGUGCCCCCCAACCCUCGGAGCAGCCUGAGUUGGAGACUUGGGAGCAGAUACUCCGUCAGAGUGUCCUCCAGCAGGGGGCAGCCCCGGCGCCUGUCCCAGCCCAGGCUAGUGGCUAUCGGGAUUUUGUGAGCGCAGUGAGGACCAGUAGCACCCAGCCUGGCUGGCCCGUGAGCCCUCCUGGGGAGGUUGGGUACAAGGCCUUCUCCAGCCUGCUUACCAGCAAUGCCAUCUGCCCUGGGGGACCUGGGGUUGAGGCCACCAGUGAGGAGGGGAGCUACAAGCCUUUCCAGAACCUCCUUCCUGGCUGCCCCGAGGCCUCUGGCUCCAUCAUACUCCCCCACUUCACCUUUGGGCUAGACAUAGAGCCUUCUCUCAGCCCACUGAGCUCACACCUCCCAAGUAGAUCCCCAGAGCACCUCAGUCUGGGGCUAGUGGAGAAGGGAGGAGACAGCCAGAAGCCUCCGCUCUCCCCAGAGCAGGCUGCUGACCUCCUGAGAGGUGACCUGGGCAGUGGCAUUGUCUACUCAACCCUCACUUGCCACCUGUGUGGCCACCUGAAACAGUGCCACGGCCAGGAGGAACGUGGCAAGGUGCCUGCUGUGUCCAGCCCCUGCUGUGGCUGCUGCUGUGGGGACGGCUCUGAGCCCCCAGGGAAUCCAGCAUCAGAAGGGCUUCACCUGGAGGCCAGCCCCUCACCAGCACCCCCGACUCAGGAGAGAAAAUCCUCACUGUCCUCCCAGCCUGACCUCAGCAAUUCUCUGAGCUCGGGCCAGCCCCCCAAGAUGGUGGCUGUGGCCCCCACAGAGCCCCACUGUAUCUGGAGGCCUAAACUGUGGGCGGAGCUAAAUGCGGGCCGAGGGGAGUUUUCCAGCGCCUGCGCACUGCUGGACCAGAUGUACGCAGCCAAGGAGCUGCUGUCGGUGCCUGAUCCCCGUCAGGAAUACUUCCAGCAGACCCCAGAGGCUGGGGUUCCUGGGGCCUUUUCGCCCCACCAGCGCACACCCCGCUCUUAUAGAGUUUUCUGCGCGGGAGAGCGGUGA